AUGGGUAGGACUUACUUUGUGGAGGAAGCCAUUGGGCAGUAUCUUUCAGACCUCAGCCCAAAAUCAAAACCUUAUGUCACUGGCCUGUUAGUAGGGCAGUGCUCCCCCCAAAGAGACUACGUGAUCCGGGCCGUCCGCACACCUCCCAGGGAGGAGCAGAGGGAAGGCAGCAGUGCUCCUCCAACACUGGCAUCCCUGGAUGAGGAGUGGAUAACCACCCAUGCCAGCCAGGUUUCUAGAAUGCUUCCUGGGGGCCUGCUGGUGCUCGGGGUGUUUAUCAUUGCAACUCCAGAGCUGCUAAAGGACAGUCAGAACACUUUGCGCAGGCUAAUCUUCUCAGUGGAGAAGUCCUUGAGUAAAAGGCGGCUCUGGAAGCCUGCUGAGGAGGAGGUCUCAGACAGAGCAGCUCUUCAGAUUUGUGCUGCUACAAAGAAAGUAGUUUGCCGAACCUAUGACGUGCAAGAUCCAAAGAGCUCAGCUAAACCAGCAGACUGGAAAUACCAGAGUGCUCUGUCUGCUUCCUGGUCAGCUUUGGGCUGCACAGUCAAUGUUAAUAUUCACAUUCCACUUCUGGCCACUUCAACCAACCACGACUUGGAGAAGAAUACCAAGAAUGGAUUAAGUCGAUGGUCGAAACAAAUAGAAGAGAGUGUUUUUCUGAUCAAUGGACAAGUUAAAAGUGAUGAUACAGAGCUGCUGGAAGGGCAGAAAAAGCUAAGAGGAAAUAUUCAAUCCAGCACUCAGUUCUCUGAUGUAAAAGUUCUGACACAGCUGUCCCAGGGUUCAAGUCAAAGAUCAACAGCUACAGUCCAGGUCUGCAGUGGUUCCAUUAAUCUCAAAGGUUCUGUGAAAUGCAGAGCCUACAUCCAUAACAACAAGCCCAAAGUGAAAGAAGCUAUUCAGGCUUUGAAAAGAGACAUCAUAAACACAUUGAGUGACCGGUGUGAAAUACUGUUUGAAGAUAUGAUUAUAAAUGAAGGACCUCGCAAAAAAAGUUUUGGGAGGGAAUAUCAUGUCUUACCUCAAAGACUGUUUGUCCCAGUUGCUGGAUCCAGUGUGAUGCUUAGUGAUUACAAGUUUGAUGAUGAGGCUGCUGGAGAAGUUCAGGAGCGUUUCGUUGAAAUGCUGGAUCAGUCUGUGCAAGCUGAAGAUCUCCACAUAGCAGAGGAGAUGAGCACAGUUGAUAUUUGUCCAGUUACCGGCAUCGUGGAUGACACACAACAGAAACAAGUGACAAAAGCAACAUUGCUGUUGAAGCUUCAACAAAACAUGGGUGUGGUAAUAGCAGCUGCUGUUGCAGUCUUUGCAUCCAUCUUCUCUUUCAAUUACUUCAGUGAUUAA